AAAAAAGAAAAGCACAAAGUAAAAUUUUCCUGGUCUGGUCUUUUUAAAAGCGAUGUGUAAUAAAAUUGUGUGAUAAAAAAAAUUGUUUUUUUUUUGUUGUUUUGUGAAAACAAAAUCAAAAGCAGGUUAAAAAUAAUUUAAAAAGAAACCCUCCCGUGAUAAAGAAUAAACCUUAAUUAGUGUUCUAAUUGUCAUCCGAGGUAAAGCAGAUCGUGACGGAAUGUUAUAACAAAAAUUUUUUAUUUACUCAAAUGAAUGACUUCUUCUUGCUGCAUAUUCAGUUUUAUUCGAUAUUUUUCUACAACGGUUGAGAUGGCGCAACAAUUUAAUAUAACAAACUCGAUCAUAAGUAGCCGCCGCCCAAAUAUUUUCAUCAUUUUCAUCAUAAUUUAUUUCGCGAUCGAUUCUACAUUUAGUCAAUAUGAGACAACAUAUCAUUAUGCGGGUUGUUUUACAGAGGAUGCGAAUUUGCUUAGGGAAUCCGUAGAUGCGAAAACGCCACAAAAUUGUGUCGAAUUGUGUGAUGUGAAAAAUUUCAAUUAUGCGCUAUUGGCAAAUGAGAAAUGUUCUUGCUCCAAUAAUAUUACGUUAACGAUGAGGCAAGAUGAUGAAUUGUGCAAUAUAUCAUGUUCGGGUAAUAAGUUGGAAUAUUGUGGUGGAAUUGGUUUAAACAGUUAUUAUACAACCCGUUGGGCGUUGAAUGCAGCACCGAAACAUUUGCAUUUAAUAAAUGCUAGUGAGAAUAGCUUAACCCUUGCCUGGGAUAUUUAUCAACCGUUAAAUCUUUUCUUAACAUCGUUGACGGUAACGACGAUUACAAAUUAUCGCAUCAAAUCGGAAUUAACGAAAACAUAUUCGUCGCUGCCUCUAUUCCAACCACCGGAAUUCCUUAUACAAAAUACUCAAACGGAAAUUGAAAUUACCGAUCUAUAUCCGGCCACUGAAUAUAAUAUUAGUGUGGAAAGUAUUUGUGAAGGGAGUAAAAAAAAAUGCGGAAUAUCUUAUCUACUAGCUAGCACGUUAAUUGGCGAACCUAGUCCAAUUCCCGCCCAACCGAUAAUAUUGAAGACCACCGACACGACAAUAACAAUUCAGAUCGAUUCAAUACGCAACGAUAAUGGACCGAUUAAUAAAAUUCUAAUUAUUGUUGAACGUCUCGAUGAUACCAUAAGUCAGGCAUUUGAUGCUAAAUUGCUGGGCACUUUGCACGAAGCUGAAGAUAAUGGUUUGCCUUAUUAUAUAGCCGCCGAACUUGAUUAUAUCAAUGGUAGCCGGAAAUUUACAGUUGGCGAUGGCAAACUGUACGGACGUUAUAAAAACUCACCAUUGGAUACUAAAACCUCGCAUAUACACAUCAGCUUGGGAGUGGUAAGCACUUUGAAUGGAGUUACUCGGACACUGUUUACACGCGGAACACAUGAUCAGCACGCUUUGUCUAUAAAGAAUUUUAGUUAUUCAACUUUUGCGCCUGGACGCGAAUCACUUACAGCAUUAACCGUUUCGUGCAGCGUUUUCGGUAUUUGCUUCAUACUCGCUAUCAUCACUUACUUCUAUUUGCGUUACAAGACAUGCCAAUUGCGCGCACUAAGAGGCAACUCGCAUGAAAUGACUAUGCAUCAACCGAUAAUUGAACGAGAAAAUAAUGGCUUUGUUGUGGAGGAUGAACUACCCACUACGGAAAGUUUUAAAGAACAAUUGAAUUCAAUUUUGGAAUCAUUACAUAAUAGCAAACGAUUGCCGCGUAAUAAUUUACGUUUAAAUGUUAAUGACAUGAUCGCUGAGGGUAAUUAUGGCGAAGUCAUUACGGGAAAAUUGCUACAGACUUCUUCUCAAUCUGAAGGCGGGGCGGAUUGUCAAUUGCAUGUUUUGGCGUUAAACGAUUUGUCUAGCAUCGAUCAGGCCAAGUUGAUAAGAGAGUUCCGUAAUAUCAGCAAAUUAGGGCAACAUGCAAACAUCUUGGAUUUCUACGGUGUUUCGGCGAGCAGCGAUUACUUUUACGUGAUUUUUGAACAUCAAAGUGUGAUACUAAAACGCCGUCUUAUUGAGAGCCGAAGAGCACCGAACAGCUUUCGUAUAACAACUCUAUCGGAACAAUUGGUAUUGCAAUGGAUUUAUGAGAUGGCCAGCGCUAUGGAAUAUUUGGAAAAAUUUAAAGUAGUUCAUAAGCGAUUAUGUUCGCAUAAUAUUUAUGUUACUGAUGAGAGUACAUUGAAAUUAUCAGUGUUUGGUCCUGUGCCUUAUACGGCAAAUCAAAAAAAAAUCGAUAUAACACGUUGGUCGGCACCCGAAGUCUUACGUUAUCAACGGCAUUCACCGAAAUCCGAUAUUUGGUCAUUUGGUGUAGUGGCAUGGGAAUGUUGCACCUUGGGCGGCACGCCAUAUAGUCAACUCAACAACAGUAAACAAUUAUUAGACGCUUUACAGAGUGGUUCGCGACCGGCACGACCUUCCUUCAUAUUUCACGAUCUCUAUCAAAUGUUAUUGAAUUGUUGGACUUUAGAGCCGAGUGAACGAACCACUUUUGAAGAUUUAACUUAUAAUGUGCGUCAAUUGAUGACAUCAGCUCGUCAUGCAUUAUGCUUUGAUCGGCAACAGGAACAGCAGGACAACAAUAUUCUCGAUACACUACCAUUCUAUAUGCCUCUAUUAGAAGUAGAAGCAUAGAAUUGAACAAUUUGAUCGAGUUGUUCAAAACGACUAAACGCUAAUACAAGCUUUAAGUUCAAAUGGUAAACCAAUAAUAAUAAGUCGUACUAUAUUAUAUUUUAAGCCAUAGUUGUAAUAAUAUAGAAAAUGUAAACUUUGA